AUGAGCCUGAGAAUGUUUUGGCAUUCUCGAAGCAUAUUUCUUUAUUUUGUUCUUCUGACAUAUGCUCUGGACUCCAUCGAUGGAUCAUACUCACCAAAACGCUCUAGAUCGUCGAACUUCAUCUUCAGGCAUCGCCGCAGCUACGAGCGUCACAAAAACAAAAGCACCCUGUCGAACUCAGCCAGAGCCAACUCCGACGGCAGCAAGCCAGGUGUGUUCGCCACCGAAAAUUGCACUGUGGUGGUGGCGCAAAUAGGCGGCACGGCAACGUUGCCGUGUGUCGUUAGGAAGUUCAAUAACGGGGUGGUAUCCUGGGUACGUAAGCAUGACUACCAUCUCCUCACCGUUGGACUAGCAACAUACAACACUGACGAUCGGUUCAUGGUGGAACACGUUCGGCACCUUCAAAACUGGGGGCUGUUGAUAAAGAAAGUCCAGCCGUCUGAUGCUGGUCUGUACGAGUGCCAAAUGUCCACCCACCCUCCUAGUAGUAUCGUCGUGGAACUGAAAGUUACGAAGGCUCUAGCCGAAAUCCAAGGUUCCCCAGACCUGCACGUCCACGCCGGGUCCCAGCUGCGCCUGGUGUGCGCCCUGAGAGACUCCACCGAGCCGCCGGAGUACGUCUUCUGGUACCACGACCGGCGCAUGAUCAACUACGACCCAGGAGUGGCGGUGACAGAGGGAAGAAGCAGUAGCGUGCUGCAGGUGCGGGAGGCCGACAAGGGCCACAACGGGAACUACACGUGCAGCCCGUCGAACGCGGUGCCUGCUAGUAUCAACGUGCACGUGCUGAAUGCUACUGCAGAGGAGAAGCCUGCAGCCAUGCAACAUGCCAAUUCGUCGUGUUCACCGACGAAAAUUCAUAUAGUGAGUGGUGUUUUAUUAUCUGGACUAUUACCUCUACUUCCUUGGACGUGA